GAGAACAGUAUGAGGUAACGUAAUGCUCAACCCGACAGGAAAAUGUCGUUUAAUGUGCUGUGGGACGAAUAUAACUUCACCAGAAAGCAGUGACACAUGUUAAGAGGAUUUAUAACGUAAGAAUGACGCACUCGUAAUACAGUCAGCUGGAUAGAAAGCUGCCAGUGAACGCCUCAUCUGAGCUCAUCUGCAAACUGGAUCUGUUAUUAUUAAGUCAUAAAGUCUAUCUCCUUUCACAAUGAGCCGGGACGUCCCCAUCCACAGCUGGCCCGGCUCCUAUUACAUCAACAGUGAGAAGAAGUGGGAAAAUGGCACCCUGUCCCUCACCAGGACCACGGUGCGCUUCGUCUCUAACCAGAGCAAGGAGAGCCUCGCCAGCUUCCGCCUCUCCAGGAUCAUGGAGAUCAAGAUGGAGUCGUCCAGCUUCAUCUUCAGCACUCUCACUGUGCUUGAAGAGGGCAAUGUGAAGCACUGGUUUGGCUCCCUUAAACCCAACAGGGUGGUGGUUUAUAAUGUGUUGGAGCAUUUCUGGAGAGAACGCCUUCUGUCCCCGAGCUCAGAGGUCCGGGGGGCAGAAUGUCAACCCUCCAAAGGCAGGGAGCUGAUCAGCUUGGUGGCAGGGGCCCAGAGAAGACUGGAGGACACAGGCAGAGUCCUCAGCCACCAAGGAGAGCAAUUUGAUGACAUGAUGCAGGGACUGGAGAAGAUUGACUCAGAUCUGGGCGUGGCUGAUAAACUGUUGUCAGAGCUGGAGUCUCCCUCCUGGUGGCCUUUUGGUAAACUCCCCUGGAGGGCUCAGCAGGAGGCCAAAGCUGAGGACGCCGCAAGGGCUGCAGUUGCAGCUGCUGCUGCGGCUAGCAAAGAGUCCAGUAGAAAUAGGGUGAUUGCAAGCAUCCCGGCUGUGGUGACCAAAGGUGGGGAUUCAGACUUAAAACCUGGAUGCCUGCUGGUGUUGGUGUCCUCACUGGAGGUGCGAGACACAAACUGCCAACUCCUUCACCGCUUCGAGCGGAACGAAAUCGACGAAAUCAGAGUGCACAGUCCUUAUGAGAUCACUGUUAGACAACGGUUUAUUGGGAAGCCAGAUAUAUGCUACAGGUUCCUGUCUGCCAAGAUGCCAGAGGCCAUGGCAGUGUUAGAGAUGCAGUACAAGAAGAAGGUGGAGUUCACUAGUGAAUACAACGCUUUCAGGGCAACUCCAGUUUCAUCUCCAUGUGACGCAGAAGGGCGAAGCUGGAAUGAAGGUUUGCAGCAGGGGUGCCAAGAGACAGAGCUGCCACUGGAGGUCCCAGCAGGAGAACUGUCCCAGUUGCAGGUGCAAGUCCUCCAGCCAUGUGUCAGCGAGGCUGAGGCCCAGGAACUCAAACAGAUGCUGAUGCAGCUGAAGAACCUCGCCCUGGAGGCAGAGACAGAGCUGGAAAGACAAGAUGAAGUUCUGGACGUCCUGACGAGCUCCACUGACCGAUCCACCAUGCACAUAGAGAAGCACACCUGCCGCAUGAAGAGACUGCUGUAGCUUAGCCGUCCAGCAGACACGAUGCUGUCAGCACGUCCUCCCUGAGAAAUGCACUGUAAGUUUCCUUAUUGUCCUCAUAGGAUUGGAGCAGUGUGAGAACACUGAAAUAGAGCAGUAGGGGUUGCAUUUAUGGUCAGUGAUCUCUGGGAUGUGCAUUUCUACAUAAAUAUAUGAAAAUCAACAUAUUUUUAAAUGUGUUCUGAACAGUGGUUCUUUCUUUUAGACAGUAGUUUUUCUUUGUAUGUUAUUCAGUUAUUUGAAACAAUUCAGACAUGUGUGACUGAGAUAAAUGACCCCUCUACAGCACCGAGUGGUUGUGGCUAGUACUGUUAACAUUACGUUUGUCUUUGAUGGUAUGAGCUGCAUAGCUGACAUUUUAAAUGCACAUUUUCUUGUAUUUCAUGUUCUUAGUUGCCAUGUGGACAAUAUUCUUGGUUGAAAUCGUAAGAAAGGAGGGUAGGAAUGAAGAAAGAAAGAAAAAGAAAGAAAAAGAAAGAAAGAAAGAAAGAAAGAAAGAAAGAAAGAAAGAAUAGUUGUUGGUAUUUUACCAAAGUGUACACCUGAUUGCCACAGAGGACAACAAAUUCACCAAGCAUGAGGUUCAGUGUGCGGUCAUGGUGCUCAUGGCUCAGCUCAACUGACUGAAUGGAACCCCACAGGUGUUCAUGGUGGGAAGCCGGUGCAGGAUCACAUUAAUGUUGCAACUGUACGGUAGCUGCACCCAUUUCACAGUGUACACAGUAUGACACAGUUUAUGAUGAUGGCAGAUGUUUUGUUUGUCCGUUUGAUUGUGUGUUUUGUUUUUUGUGUUUUUAUUUAUGGAAAUGUGAUUUUUUUUUUUCAAAUAACACUAAUACAGUAGAAUCCAAUACCAUAGAUAUGCAUAUGUAAACAGUAUGAUAACUGUCAAUUUCUUGUAUGUUGAUGCAACUCCAGAUCACAUCCUUCUCUGUGCACUUGUGACUCCCACUGAUUGGCUGAGAUUUGGGGGAAUAGCAUGAAUCCUCGCUGCAUGUCAUGCCUGCCGAGUAAAGCAGGCAGAUAUUUAAAAAAAAAAGAUGCUCACUCCUUAAGUACCGGAGGAGACACACGUAGCAGUUUUUAAGUGCAAAACGGAUACUGGAAAAGGGAAAAGAAAAUAAUUAGUCUAUUCUCUCUGCACACACAGAUUUAAAACAAACAGCAUGUUGUUUCCAUGUGUGUAACUUGUAAGACAGAUGUUGUGGGAUAACACAAUUUGUAGGAGUGUAGGACAACAGUGAUAUGAUCCUCUACACAGCACAGUUGCCAGUAUAAAAUGUUCGCAUUCUGCAUUUCUGCAAACCACAGAAACAUUAAAGGUCCCAUAUUAUACUGUUCUUCAUCAGUUUCACACAGCUGUCAGAGGUCCAACAACUAUUCGAUAUGUAUUGCCCCAAACCCAUCCGUGGUCCUGAAUUUCAACUGUCUAAAAGUUGUUCUACUGAGCUCUCCUGACAGCAGUCUGUUUCUGUGCCUGCACCUUUAAAUGCUAAUGAGCUCUGUCUGUCAACACCUAUUUUGAGAGCCCUUCCUGCUAGGUCACUCUCAGGGAGAGGAUUCCCCUUGUGUUAGCAGUAGCAUGCGCUAAUGUUUACAGUGGAUGUAUAUAUGUAUGCUAUCGCUCGCAGAGAUUUUUUCAUUCAACCAUACCAGUUUGACCCAGAA